GGCGCGGAGCGGGGAAGGGGCGUGGCCUGGGCGCCUUCCUGCCCCGGGAGUCGCGGAGAGCGCCCAGCAUGGCGCAGUGGCAGGAGGUGCAGAACCUGGCCAACACCCACCUGGAGCAGGUGCACCAGCUGUACGCCGCCGCCGCGCUGCCCAUGGCGGUGCGGCAGUGCCUGGCCGCCUGGAUCGAGGACCAGGACUGGCUGCAGGCGACGGAGCCGCUCUCGUCCCACGCCCGGAUGCUCUUCCACUCCUUGCUGGCGCUGCUGGACGAGCGCCUGGGCAGCCUGGGGCUGGGCGACGAGGACUUCAUGCUGAAGCACAACCUGCGCAAGGCGCGCCGGGACCUCCAGGCUGCUUUUGAGGAGUGCCCGGAGAGCUUCGCCAACCUGGUGGCCAACCUGCUGCAGGAGGAGCAGCGGAUCCUGCGCCUGGGGCAGGCGGGGGGGCAGGGGGAGGCCGCCCCGGCGCCCAGCACACCCCCGAAGAGUGACCGGGAGCAGGAGAUCCAGCGGCGCCUGGCUGAGUUCCACACAGCCCUACAGGAGGCCGAGCGCGCCUUCCGGCACCUGGAGGACCUGCAGGAUGCCUUUGACUUCUGCUACAAGGUGCACUACCUGCCAGGCCAGGACCAGACUAACGACCCUGAGUACAUCCGGCAGGUCCAAUCCCUCCAGGCCAAGCUGCAGAACCUGGACCGGCAGCGGCGGGAGGUGGUGGCGCAGAUGCAGCAGCUCCUGGGGCGCAGCGAGACCCUGCGGGACUUCCUGCAGCAGGAGCUGAAGGCCUGGCAGGAGCGGCAGCAGCGCAGCUGCCUGGGGGCCCCCGUGGACACCCGCCUGCACCAGCUGGAGGCCUGGUUCACGGCGCUGGGCGAGGGGCUCUUCCAGCUGCUGCAGCUGCUGCGGGCGCUGGGAGAGCUGCAGCAGAAGGUGACCUAUGAGCGGGACCCGCUGCAGGCAGAGACGCCCCUCCUGGAGACGCGGCUGCGGGAGCAGCUCACCUGCCUGCUGCAGAGCGCCUUCGUGGUGGAGCAGCAGCCCAGCAUGCCCAACACACCCAAGCGGCCGCUGGUGCUGCGCACGGCCAGCAAGUUCUGCACCCGCGCCCGCCUGCUGGUCCGCCUGCACGACCGCAACCACCGCAUGGAGGCCACGAUCCACAUCGACAGGGACCCUCCGAAGACACGAGGGUUUCGCAAGUUCAACAUCCUGACUUCAAGCAGCAAAACCCUCCUGGCCGGCGACAGCCCCCGGGAGGGGCUGAUCUGCGACUUCCAGUACCUUACGCUGAAGGAGCAGAAGAUCAGCGGGUCGGGCAAGGGCAGCAAAGGCUCCAAUGAGGGUCCCCUGGCCGUGACAGAGGAGCUGCAUCUCAUCACCUUCACGCUGGCGUACGCGUACUGCGGGCUGGAGAUGCAGCUGGAGACCUCCACCCUGCCCUUCGUCAUCAUCUCCAACAGCAACAACCAGCUCUCCAGCGCCUGGGCCUCCAUCCUUUGGUUCAACAUGCUUAGCCCCAACCCCAAGGACCAGCAGUUCUUUGCCACGCCGCCCCCAGCGCCCUGGCCCCGGCUGGCCGAGGUGCUGAGCUGGCAGUUCGAGAGCGUGGCCGAGCGGGGCCUGAGCCGGGAGCAUCUCCACAUGCUGGCCGAGAAGCUCCUCGGCUCGAAGCCGUCUCCAGAGAGCGUCCUGUCCUGGUCCAAGUUCUCCAAGGACGGUGCCGCCGGCUUCUCCUUCUGGGCCUGGCUGGAUGGGAUCCUGGGCCUGCUCCAGGAGCACCUCAAGAAGCUCUGGAAGGACGGCCUCAUCCUGGGCUUCGUGAGCCGCAAGCAAGAGAAGAAGCUGCUGAAGGGGAAGCGGACGGGGACGUUCCUGAUUCGCUUCAGUGAGAGCGUCCUGGGGGGGGUCACCUUCACCUGGGUGGAGCAUCCUGAGAGCGGGCGCCCUGCCUUCCGGGCCGUGGUUCCCUACACCACCGUCGAGCUGGCUUCCCUGGCGCUGCCCGACAUCAUCCGCGACUACCAGCUGCUGGCCGAGGAGAACAUCCCCGAGAACCCACUCCUGUUCCUGUACCCCGACACCCCCCGUGACGAAGCCUUCAGUCCCUACUACAGCCAGCGGCAGGAGGGGAGCCUGACGGAGAAGAAGGAAUACCUGAACCAGCGCCUCAUCCGCGUGUCCUCCAGGCAGGCCAACGAGUCAUGGCAGACAGAAGAGGAGUUGGUAGUUGCCACAGAAAACCUGGAGACGCUGCAGCUGCAGCCCAGCGGGUUGGGAUCACUGCAACCCACCAGCCCCGGGACAGUGCCGGUGGUGGCCGGGAGCCCAGGAACACUGCAGCCCGUGAGCCCAGGGACACUGCAGGUGGUGGCCGGGAGCCCAGGGAUGCAGCAGCCCCUGGGACCAGGAACACUGCAGCCCGUGAGCCCAGGGACACUGCAGGUGGUGGCCGGGAGCCCAGGGAUGCAGCAGCCCCUGGGACCAGGAACACUGCAGCCCGUGAGCCCAGGGGUGCUGCAGGUGGUGGCCGGGAGCCCGGGGACGCAACACCCCAUGGGACCAGGGAUGCUGCAGCCAGGGUCCCGGGGCCCAGAGACACCACCGCUGGUGCAAGUGGGCCCAGGGGGCUUGGAGAUGCUGCAGGCAGGGACCGGGGCGCAGGAGCCGCAGCUGGUGCUGCAGCUCAUCCCUGAGGGCCAGGGGACGCUGCAGGUGGGGCCAGGGGGCUUAGGGACGCUGCAGGUGCUGCCCGGGGGUACAGGGAUGCUGCAGCAAGGGGGUGCUGGGGACCGAGGGACGCAGCAAGUGGCAGCCAGGGCCAUGGAGCCACAGAUGCUGUUGCAGCUCAUCCCCAAGGGCCAGGGGAUGCUACAGGUGGGAGCAGGGGACUUGGGGACUCUGCAGGUGCUGCCCGGGGUGGUGGGGACGCUGCAGUCAGCGCCCAGGACCACGGGGGUGCUGCAACAAGUGGGAGCUGGGGACCAGGGACUGCUGCAGCCAGGCCCUGGCACUGCGGAGCCACUGCCAGUCACAGAUGAUCAGGGGCUGCUGCCAGCGGGGCUGGGGGACCUGGGGCCGGUGCUUCAGGGCCAGGACAUGCAGGAGCUGCUGCAGUUCCUGGAGCAAGACCUGGAGCCGGGCACGGGGACACUGGAGACGCUGGAGGCAGCGGAGCUGAUGCCUAACAUGGACAGCGGGCUGGGGCAGAUGGACGCCAGGUUGGGGGGCAGUGCUGCGCUCCUGGACCCCCGCGACCCCUUCCUGCCACAGCCCGAGGACACAGCCCUGCCUGCCACCAGCUCCCUCUUCACCGUGGACACCGACUUUCCCCCGCUCCACAUCGAUGCCAGUGAUUUCCAGUGACUUGCCCCCCCCAGCUCCCCCUGUAAAUAAACCCUUUUCCCCCCAGCUGACCCUGGUGCUUCGUGGGGCAGCCCUGGGUUCAGCCCCG